CGUUUUCAACUACCGUUUUCUACUCUCCACAGUCCACCACUCUCUGUAACCUUCAGAAGAGCAAUUAAUGGCGCUGCAGUAAUGAAGUAACACAUUCAAUUCAUUAAUCUCUGUUAAUUUCAUUGAAGAAUCACAUCAGUUUCUUCAUUAAUUUCCAUCCCCAUUUCUAAAUCCAAAACCCCCAUCUUCUUCUUCUGAAUCUAAUUUCUUCUUCAUUUAGGGAUUUUCAGUUUAUUUGGGUUCUUAAUAAGCUAAUUAAGGUAUAACCAUUGCCUGAUCUUGUCUAUAAAAUCCCUAAUUUCUAGGGGUUUCAUGUGAAACUACAUUUUUCUGAUGAUGAAUAAGAGAAAUCUACAUUUUCAGCUUGGUCUUGAGAGAAAAUGGCUGAUACUAUUAAUAACAGGAUGUUCAAUCCUCUCAUUAAUUUUACUACUUCUAUCAACAUUUGGAAAAUCAGACCAGAAAUCUAAUGGAUUAAAUUUUGUGGGGAAAAAUGAUUUGUUAAGUGUAUCGAAAUCGAGGCCGCCGCGGCUGGCGUAUUUGAUAUCGGGAACGAAAGGGGAUGGGCCGAAGAUGAGGAGAUUGUUGCAAGCAGUGUAUCAUCCAUGGAAUUAUUAUUUAUUGCAUCUUGAUAUCGAAGCGACGGAUAAUGAAAGGAUUGGAUUGGCUAAGUUUGUCAAGUUUGAUUUGGUUAUGAGAAGGUUUGAUAAUGUGAAGGUGGUGGGGAAAGCAAAUGUGGUUACUUAUAAAGGGCCGACGAUGAUUGCGGCGACAUUACAUGGUGUUGCGAUUUUGUUGAAGCAGGGGAUGGACUGGGAUUGGUUUAUUAAUCUUAGUCCUUCUGAUUAUCCACUCAUGUCUCAAGAUGACAUUCUUCAUGUUUUCUCGUACUUACCUAGGGAUCUGAAUUUUCUAGAGCAUACCAGUAAUAUUGGUUGGAAAGAGUCUCAAAGAGCAAGGCCUCUCAUUAUUGACCCUGGACUAUACCAUUCAAAGAAGUCUGAUGUAUUUUGGGCCAAAGAAAAAAGGACUAUUCCCUUCUCCUUCAAGCUAUUUACAGGGUCUGCGUGGGUGGUGCUGACAAGAUCAUUCUUGGAGUUUACCGUGUUAGGAUGGGAUAAUCUCCCACGUACCCUGCUCAUGUACUACACAAACUUCCUUUCAUCCCCCGAGGGCUACUUCCACACUGUCAUAUGCAACUCAAAGGAUUACCAGAAUACAACUGUUAACCAUGAUUUGCAUUACAUAAUGUGGGAUAACCCGCCAAAGCAACAUCCCCUGACAUUAACUUCGCAACAUUUUGACAGAAUGGUCGAGAGUGGGAGCCCAUUUGCACGCAAGUUUGCGAAGGACGAUCCUGUGUUGGACAGAAUCGACAAAGAGUUGUUGAAGAGAUCUGAUGGUCGGUUUACACCAGGUGGAUGGUGCAGGGGUAGUUCAAUAUUUGGUAGAGAUCCUUGCAGUGUUCAGGGGAAUCCUGAUGUCAUUAGACCAUCUUUAAGUUCAAGAAGACUAGAAAAUCUCCUACUGAAACUUCUUGAUCCUGACAAGUUCAGGUCUAAACAAUGUAAAUAGCUGUAAACUUCGUCAAUCUAGAACACGGUACAAUCAAAUGUUUCUCAAUCUUUUAAUUUAGAUACGUCUCUCUUUGAAACAUGAAAUGCUUCCGUUUCAAGAACACAUAACAGAGGAGAUUAUUGGAUCAAUGUGAAACAUUAAACAGAUACA